CACGCAGUCGUUGGUUGUGAUGACUUUAUAAUAUGGCUGCGCCCUGCGCAAAAUAGUCCGUAGAAGUUGAAAUGUUAACCGUCCGGACAUCUUUCUCGCACGGCUAAUCAAACUUCUUUGGUUUAUUUUUCAUUAUUAUUCAUAUUAUUCAUAUUAUUAUUAUUAUUUAACAUGUCGUCUGGCGACUCCGGCGGCGGUAAGGAGGCUCCGAGUCAACAAGGCUACAAAACCCCUGGCCUGAGAGGUGCGCAGACCACCACACUAUUCCGGGCUGUCAACCCCGAACUCUUCAUAAAACCGAACAAACCAGUAAUGGCGUUUGGACUGGUAACGAUCACCUUAUGCGUCGGAUACCUGGGAUACCUGCACGCGAUAAAAGAAAACGAUCAGCAGCUUUAUGAGGCUGUUGACAGUGACGGGGAGAGAUACAUGAGAAGAAAGACUUCAAAAUGGGACUGACAUGAAGUUAAUGUGCUUGCGGAUAGAAACAUUCUGUGACUUCUUUGGUUGAGUAUGUAAAGACUGUAAAUUAAAACCCAAAUGAACUCUACCAAACUCAGUCCUGGCUAAUAU